GUCGGGGCCUAUGGAAACCUCAUUCUGUUCGUGGGAUCCUUUCGGGAAACACCUCACAUUGAGGUCAAAAUUUAAAUCAAGUAUUUUUUCUAAUAUUGCACAAAACUAACUAAAAAUGGCGGUGCGACCUUUUGGCCCCGGACCCGGCGUCUAUAUGCUGCCGCCCACUGUCGGCUAUGAUAAGCAUGACAAUCGAAAACAGAGGAUGCCACAGUACUCCUUCGGCAUGCGAACGCGUGCUCCUGGAGAGGAUUUGGGCCCUGGUCCAGGGGCCUAUAAGGUGGAUAAGCUGACGCGCUACGGCAACAGUAAAGGGCUGGAGUUCUCGAUAGCGCCCAGGACCAAUACUAUAGACAAGCGAAGCAGUCCCGGUCCCGGAGCUCACGAUGUCCAUAAGAAGCCAUUCUUCACGGGGGUCAACGCUCCGUCCUAUUCGAUGGGUUUGCGAACGGACUUUAACUUUAAAAAGGAGGGUCCUGGUCCAAAUGCGUACAAGUACGAGGUGAAUGCCGUUCGCCCUGGCGUCCCAAGCUACAGCAUGGGCCUGCAAACCAAGAUUCUCAACAAGGCCAACUCGCCCGGACCGGCUGCAUAUGGAGGCGGCGAUAUCAAUGUGAAACUGAACCGUGCCCCGAUUUACUCGAUGCAGCCGCGUACCGCAAUUCCCGGCGAGAACGUUGGACCCGGACCCAACUACUACGAUCUGAUGUACUAUCGUCCUGGCAGGAGUGGACCGGGCUACUCCUUCGGAGUGCGCCACCACCAGUUCGCCCCGCCCAUGAUAGUUAGAUGUGACAACAUGUAGACAGGUGGAGUGCAAUAUUAGAAGAAAAGUUCAAAAUUUAAGUGAAUAAAAAAAAAACUUAUUUGGUAA